UGGGGAUGUGCUGCUUGUGCUGCAGGAACAGGCAGGCCGGAUCUAUGCAAGUCUAGUCAAGAAUGACGGACUGUCUCUAGACCAUUCGGGUACAACAUCUGAACGCCAAAGCAGAACCGGUCAACAUCCUACUCUGCAACCUUACCGACCUCAACGCCGUUUACAUCCUCCUCAACAUCCUGCAUUGCCGCACUCGUCAAGUGCCCCGUGAUUUGGACCUGAACCUCCUUUGCAUGGUAGCAGGGUUGGCUUAGCACUACGAUUGCCCCGAAGCCGUGGAGGCCUUUGCCAGAACCUGGCUUGAGAAUAUUCAGGACUGCUUCCCAACAUCUUCCUCGCAUGAUCUACCCCGGUGGAUGUUCAUUGCAUGGGCGUUUCGCCAUCAUGGCUUGUUUCGCCUGGUUACUGAAAUUGCACUGAGGGAAUCUACGGAGCCAAUAAGGACGAAAGGUCUGGCAUUUCCUGCAGGCCUGAUAAACCUCAUCAACAAGACUCGUCAAUUUCGCAUCGAAGAGAUUCUCAUAUCUGUGUAUGAGUGCAUGGAACACCUUCUUGAUCAUGAGUCGUAUUGUUCCGACUGCGAUCAGCUGAUGGUCAGGACACUCAUCUGGCAGUUGAAGCCGCGCAAGCUAUUUCCUCCACCACAGGCUCCAGACAAAGGACUUAGUCUGAAUGCGGUGCUCAAGACAGUCAAUGAGUCGAAAGAGUCCCGGUGCAAGGAAUUGGUUCACGGCAGGGUCGGAUGCUCAGGGACAAAGUGUUGGCUAAUUCCGGAGACGCGGACCUUGCUACGAAGGAUCAAUGCAGAGAUCGUGGGCUUGCGAUUG